AUGGCGAUCUUCAGUGUCUACGUGGUGAACAAGGCGGGCGGCCUCAUUUACCAGCUGGACCAUUAUGCGCCCCGUGCCGACACUGAGAAGACCUUCAGCUUCCCGCUCGACUUCGUCCUGCGCCCACACGACGAGCGUGUCGUCGUCGCUUUCGGACAACGCGAUGGCGUCCGCGUGGGCCACGCCGUGCUGGCCAUCAACGGCGCCGAGGUCAACGGGCGCUUUACGGCGGAUGGGAAGGACGUGCUGGAGUUCCUGAGCAACCCCGCCAACUACCCGGUGUCCAUCCGCUUCGGCCGCCACCGCCUCUCCUCCAACGAGAAGCUCAUGCUGGCCUCCAUGUUUCACUCGCUGUUCGCCAUCGGGUCACAGCUGUCCCCCGAGGUUGGGAGUUCUGGGAUCGAAAUGCUGGAGACCGACACCUUCAAGCUGCACUGCUUCCAGACGCUGACAGGAAUCAAAUUCGUGGUUCUUGCUGACCCAAGGCAGGCGGGGAUUGACUCUCUUCUGCGCAAGAUCUAUGAGAUUUACUCUGACUUUGCACUGAAGAACCCUUUCUACUCCCUGGAGAUGCCCAUCAGAUGUGAGUUGUUUGAUCAGAACUUGAAACUUGCACUGGAGGUGGCAGAGAAAGCUGGACCUUUUGGACCAGGAUCGUAGGGAAAGCUUUGCUUCUUGCUCCUUUCUCUUAAGAGCACAGCCUCUCUUCCCUGUCUGGCCACUCCUAGAGAGUCCUCACCACAGCAGAGACCACAGAUCCCCAAAACUUGCUUCCUUAUCUCCCAAGAUACCAUUUUAAUCCCCUUUGUUCUGAAGUUUACCUUAAACAGACUCAUUACUACUGUUUACAAUGGCCCACAGUGGUUUACUCUGCCGAGUCAGGAAAGCAAGCCAAGGGAUGGGGCCAUGGCCCACCCCCAGCCCAUGGUUCAGUUUGUUUCAUAAUUGUACAUUUGUAUUUUUCCUGUAUAGCUGUAACUUAAGGUUUUGCAGAGGGUUUCUGUGUAAAGGUAAUAAAGCUGAUUA